GCGGAGAGGCGUACGGUAUAACUCGAUACGCGGAAAACGAGCAAUUAACGCAUAAGACACACACAAAAUGCCUUACAAACCAGUCGAACAAGCCAAGUGCCCGAAAUGCAACAAAUCGGUGUACGCUGCCGAGGAGCGCGUAGCCGGUGGACUCAAGUGGCACAAGAUGUGCUUCAAAUGCGGUCUUUGCCAAAAGCUGCUCGACUCGACAAACUGCAGCGAGCACGAGGGCGAGCUCUACUGCAGAGUCUGCCACGGGCGUAAAUUCGGGCCCAAGGGCUACGGCUUCGGAGGCGGCGCCGGCUGUCUCUCCAUGGAUCAGGGCGAGCAAUUCAAGGGCUCACAGGGCUACGAUCGAGUAUCCAAUGCGGUGCUGGAGCCGCGCGUCAUAGCCAAGGCACCGGAGGGCGAGGGAUGUCCACGCUGCGGUGGCUUCGUCUACAUGGCCGAGCAGAUGCUCGCCAGAGGAAGGGGAUGGCACAGGGAGUGUUUUAAGUGUGGCACCUGCCACAAGAGAUUAGACUCCCGCAACUGCUGCGAAGGUCCUGACAAGGAUAUCUAUUGCAAAGUGUGCUACGGAAAGAAGUUCGGUCCUAAGGGCUACGGCUACGGCCAAGGUGGUGGCGCCCUCCAGAGCGACUGCUACUACAACGGUGAAGCGGCACCAAAGACAACAGUGGUGGACACAGCCUCGAUAAUGGCACCCCCGGGCAAGGGUUGUCCCCGUUGCGGCGGGGUUGUCUUCGCCGCCGAGCAAGUACUGGCCAAGAGCCGCGAGUGGCACAGAAAGUGCUUCAAGUGUCACGAUUGCAACAAAACCCUCGACUCGAUAAUCGCCUGCGACGGCCCCGACAAGGACAUAUACUGCAAGACCUGCUACGGCAAACGCUGGGGACCCCAUGGCUAUGGCUUCGCCUGCGGCUCUGGAUUCCUACAGACCGACGGACUCACCGAGGACCAGAUAUCGGCGAGCCGUCCGUUCUACAACCCGGACACAACAGCGAUCAAAGCACCAGCAGGUCAGGGCUGUCCACGUUGCGGUGGCAUGGUCUUUAUGGCCGAGCAACAGCUCGCCAAAGGCACGAUGUGGCACAAGCAGUGCUUCAACUGCGCCGAGUGCCACAGGCCCCUCGACUCGAUGCUGGCCUGCGACGGCCCCGACAAGGAGAUACACUGUCGCGCUUGCUACGGCAAACUCUUCGGGCCCAAGGGUUUCGGCUUCGGGCACACCCCCACUCUCAUCUCCACCGACGUGGAACACGCGUCCUCGUAUUCCGACUCAAAGCCGGACGUGGGACAAAAGUGCGAGGAGGGCCAGGGCUGCGCCCGUUGCGGCUACCCGGUCUACAUGGCCGAGCAAAUGAUCUCGAAGAACCGGAUCUGGCACCGGAGGUGCUUCAGUUGCGGCAACUGCCAUCGCUCCCUCGACUCGACGAACCUCAACGACGGCCCGGACGGCGACAUCUACUGCCGCGGUUGUUACGGCCGUAAUUUCGGCCCAAGGGGCGUGGGCUUCGGCAUGGGGGCGGGCACCCUCACGAUGGCCUAAUCAACAACGGCGCGAGAGCGCGCGCGUCCCUUUUGUUCUUUGUGUUUUUCAUCAUUUGCUCUAUAAUAUAUA